AUUCUUCACCCUCAUCACAUCCUGAGCCUGUGCCCCAGGCUGCCACCACUUCCCCUCCCUGGCCACAGAGCUCGGGGCUGAGGAACCAUGUCUCCAUCCCCGACUGCCCUCCUCUGUCUUGGGCUGUGUCUGGGGCGUGUGCCAGCGCAGAGUGGACCGCUCCCCAAGCCCUCCCUCCAGGCUCUGCCCAGCUCCCUGGUGCCCCUGGAGAAGCCAGUGACCCUCCGGUGCCAGGGACCUCCGGGCGUGGACCUGUACCGCCUGGAGAAGCUGAGUUCCAGCAGCUACCAGGAUCAGGCGGUCCUCUUCAUCCCGGCCAUGAAGACACAUCUGGCCGGACGCUACCGCUGCUCCUACCAGAACAGAAGCCUCUGGUCCCUGCCCAGCGACCAGCUGGAGCUCGUUGCCACCGGAGUUUUUGCCAAGCCCUCGCUCUCAGCCCAGCCCGGCCCGGCGGUGUCCUCAGGAGGGGACGUAACCCUACAGUGUCAGACUCGGGGAGGCUUUGACCAAUUUGCUCUGUACAAGGAAGGGGACCCUGCGCCCUACAAGAAUUCCGAGAGAUGGUACCGGGCUAGUUUCCCCAUCAUCACAGUGACCGCCGCCCACAGCGGAACCUACCGAUGCUACAGCUUCUCCAGCACGAACCCAUACCUGUGGUCGGCACCCAGCGACCCCCUGGAGCUCCUGGUCACAGGAACCUCCGUGACCCCCAGCCUGUUACCAACAGAACCACCUUCCUCGGUAGCAGGUCCUGCCCGCCAGUACUACACCACGGGCAACCUGGUCCGGAUAUGCCUCGGGGCUGUGAUCCUAAUACUCCUGGCGGGGUUUCUGGCCGAGGACUGGCACAGCCGGAGGAAGCGCCUGCGGCCCAGGGUCAGGGCUGUGCAGAGGCCGCUUCCGCCCCUCCCGCAGACCCGGAAAUCACACGGGGGUCAGGAUGGAGGCCGACCGGAUGUUCACAGCCGCGGGUUACGUUCAUGACCACUGAACCCCAGGCACGGUCGUAUCCAAGGGACGGAUCAUGGCAUGGGAGGCGACUCAAAGACUGUGGCGUGUGUGGGGCGUGGAAGCAGGAGGGCAGAGGCUCCAGCUGUGGAAAGGAGGCCAUGCUGCCUCCUCCUGGUGUUCCAUCAAGGAGCCGUUCAGCCAGUGUCUGUCUGUCUGUCUGUCUGGCUCUCUGUCUGAGGGCACCCUCCAUGUGGGAUGGAAGGAAUCUGUGGAGACCCCUCCUCCUCCCUGCACACCGUGGAUGACGUGGUACCUGGCUGGACCCCAUACUGGCCUCUUUCUUCAACCCUCUCUAAUACGGGCUCCAGACGGAUCUGUAACGUUCCCAGCUCUCAGGGUCGACUCUGCUCCAUCCUCUGUGCAAAACCCUCCCGUGCUUCCCCUUGGCCCUCUGUGCUCUUGUCUGGGUUUCCCCAGAAACUCUCAC